AUGUCCACUGGCCUUGGUCUGAUGGUCGGCCACCAAGGCGGUUUGCAGGAGAAUCCCAACACCGAACAGGUCGUCCGAGUCCAGAGCACGGUCUCAUUGCAAUCCGCUGACGAUCAAAGCUUCGAGAAACCAGGGGAGCUGGGCGGCGGAGAGGGUCUAGAAGGAGGCGCCAUGAUCCUCCGUGACGAUGGAGAUUACGGUGGAGAUGAGGGACAUGGGGACAAUCAAACACGUUUGAGCGGUUCCCGGCUAAGGGUUUGGGUUGUGAGGAUUCGGAUGUGGACCAUUGAACCGUUAGAAGAGUACGGGUACGGUACGACCUACGUAUGA